GGAGGAGGAGGAGGAGGAGAAGGUAGCAGCAGCAGCAGCAGCAGCAGCAGCAGCAGCAGCAGCAGCAGCCGGGCAGCGUUGUGCCGCCGGGCAGCGUUGUGCCGCCGGGCAGCGCGGAGCUGAACGCCGACAGCAGCGGAGCGGAACGGGCCGGAGGGCGCCCGCGGCCCUGCCCCGCGCCCCCGGGCGCUGCCGAGCGCAGCGGCCCCGCUUUCUCCUUUGUGCCCGGCCACAGGCGGCCGCCGCGCCGGCUCCUCGGGAAGAAUGCGGUGCGUGUGGCUCGCGCUCACCCUCAGCUUCGUGGCCUGCGCCUCCGGGCAGCCGAGAGCAGAUUUGACCUCUGAUAAAGAUUUAUACCUGGACAACAGCUCUGUUGAAGAGGCAUCAGGCGUCUAUCCCAUCGAUGAUGAUGAUUAUUCUUCUGGGUCGGGUUCAGGUGCUGAGGAAGAUGAGGACAGCACAGUGACAACAACAUCCAGAAUAGUUCCAAAGUUACCAACAACUAGUGAUGCGUCUAGAGCUGAGACCACCACAGUGAAAAUGCAGACCAAGAUGCCUGCACAAACACAGUCACCUGAAGAAAUUGAUAAAGAGGAAAGACCCGAGGUGGAUUCCAAGAAAAAGAGCAAUGAGCCAGGGGAUGACACUGAUGUGUUCACUGAAAAGCAUUCCGAAAACCUCUUCCAGAGGACAGAAGUUCUGGCAGCUGUUAUUGCUGGCGGAGUUAUUGGUUUUCUGUUUGCAAUCUUCCUCAUCCUGCUGCUGGUAUAUCGCAUGAGAAAGAAGGAUGAAGGCAGUUACGACCUUGGUGAACGUAAACCAUCUAGUGCUGCCUAUCAGAAGGCACCUACUAAGGAGUUUUAUGCAUAAAAUUCCUACUUAGUGUCUCUAUUUAUGAGAUCACUGAACUUUUUUAAAUAAAGCUUUUGCAUAGAAUAAUGAAGAUCUUUUUUUUUUUUUUUUUUUUUUUUUUUUUCAUUAAAGAGCCAUCACGGCACCUUUAUGAUAAAAUCCCAUUGUAUUUAAAACUUUACACGUAUUCCUUUAAAAAUGUAAAAUUAAAACUUAACACUUGCAGCGUUCUGUGGAUAACAGUGGCAAAGCAUUUAUUUUAUAAGAACCAUUGGUGUUCAACCGAAUCAUUUUUAAAACUUGAUGCAUAAAUAUAAUGAAAACGAUUGCUUUAUCCUAUGAGUCAAUGGAAGCUGUUUAAUUUUUUGUCAGCAUGUCUCAGAUUGAUCUUACGAGUUAGCUUUUAUUUCAUUAAUUUAUCUGUUUCCAAAAGAGAAAAAAAAAAAAGAAGCCUUUUUGUAGUUGUCAUGGUGCAAUUUGUCUUCAGAUAAUUCAGAUAACAGUGACUUUUAGUGUCAAUGUAAUUUUUCAGCUCUGUAAACUCUAACCUCCACUUUGUAUAGAUCUAAGUGUCGGAUUAUCAAUUUUACACUUUGCAUUGUUUCUCAGCGUACCUGUAGCUUCAGUGAGAUUUGUAACAGCGAAUUAACGUGUAAAAUUGGAUCAUCACUACAAACUGUAUGGUCGUGUUCUUACUAAAAUCUCCUGUCAGGAAGAUUUGAAGUAAGCUACUGACAAACCUAAGCAAACCCAAAGACUCUAACAGUAUUUUGAGAAGUUGCUGCAGAUUUCUAUGGCCACUGUAUUUGUUAAUUAUUUGCAAUUUGAAGGUACAUGUAGGGGUUUAAAUUUUUGUUCUUUAAAAAUGCAUUUAAGUUGUAAACGUCUUUUAAAGCCUUUGAAGUGCCUAUGAUUAUAUGUAACUUGUCGCAGACUGGUGUUAAUGAGUAUAUAACAGUAAAAGAAAAUGUUGGUAUUUUAUAAGCACAGACAAUUCUAAUGGUAACUUUUGUAGUCUUACAUGGAUAGACAUCAUUGUAAUUUGGGAACAUAAACACUACUGAAUAAAUCAUGUGGCCUAAUACUGACAAUUCCAUUGUGAUAUACUUUUGUAUGUUUUCUGUUUUGUGUCUGCCAUGGUUAUGUUUUAAUGUCACCACGUUCGUCCAGUAGGUCCUCAAAAUCCACCCGAAACAAAACCAAAAAGGCUGUUGAUAAGGCUGAUCCUCAGACCAGAUUUACUGCCGAAGAGGCACAGAAAGCCUGGAAUGUAUAAGUGCUACACACGGUGUGAGGGUUCCGAGUCAUUUGGCCUCUGUGUUACAUUUAAUGGCAGUAUUGACGCAGACCUGCUCUUCCUGCAAAUGUUGUUUUCAGUACUGUAAAAUUCAAAGGAGUACCCGAUUCCAUUUGUUGUGUAUAUUAGUUUUUGAUUUGUCAUUUCUUUUAUUAUUAUUUUUUUUCCCCUGGCCUAUUGGAGAAAUUUGAUUCUGCUCGGACUCCAGCAGAAGAGUUGAGACAAGUGGAAUAUCUUCAUAAGAGAAGAAAGAAAUAUUCCAAGUAGAAGAUGAAAGGCUCUGUUGCUUAGAUCGCAGAUAGGUGUUGGAGAGGGGAACACGUGGAGAAGACGAUAGUCUGCCUCUCUAUAUUACGCUUUGUCACAGACAAAUGGCUUCGUCUUCUGCUCUGUUAACCUCCACUCUUUUGAUUUUGAAAUUUCCAGAGUUAGAUGUUCGGGAUGUCGAGCUGAACUGCUUCUCAGAAAAGGCACCGUGUUGUAAAUAAGAGCUAUUAGCUCUUCAGAUAAGAGUUGCGUCACUUGUAUUUGUCGCUGUCCCAAGUUCAGUGGUCAUUUAGAAACAAACGAACGCUAUCCUGUGCUAAAAUAUUUAAUAUAUUGCUUUUUAAAUUACUUAUACUUACUGGCAGGUUUUUUCGAAGCCAUACAAGUUCAACAAGUAAAAACAGGGUAAGAAUUUAACAGGUAUAUCUUAUUGUGCAAUAUUUAGUGAAAUUCAAUUAGUAAAAUAACUGCUUGAGAUAACUGUGCCAAGAAAAGAAAACUUCUGGCAAAUGCUGUGCCACUGCUGUAAAAUAAAGCAUUUGUUAAAGUGCCAAAAUAAAGUCUACCAUGCCUAAACUAAUA